AUGCCGGCUUAUGUGCGUGGCUCAAGCCACUGGCAUGGAUCGAACAACAAUGCAACACCUGAAAAAUUGUUCGUGCCCUAUUCCGAUGAUGAGGGCCAAUUUAUGUCACACAGACUACAUUCGGAUUACACCACUCCAUUUCGUGAGGAAUACGAACAAGAAGUGAUGGCUGCGUCAGUGACGGCAGUGAAUAAACAAACUCCCUGGGUCUUUCCUCAUCGCUUAUUGGGACCCGACGGCCUGAGUAUUGAAACACCACAAAAGUGCCCAGAUUAUGUCGUGAUCUCCUACACAUGGGGUCGCUGGAAGAAGCCCACUCGGGAAUUCGACACACCUGUUCAAGGUGGGUAUUGGGAUGUGCCUUCCAACACCCUUUUUUCACGGGAAGAUCUUGAUUUUGCGAUUCAAAACAUUGCAAAUGGGGACCAUGCUUGGGUGGAUGUGUUUUGCAUACCCCAAAUCGACUCAGACCCAUUACACGCCCAGGAAAUUGGCAACCAAAGUGCUAUUUUUCGAUCCGCUUCUCGGGCCGCAGUCUGGUUAUGCUCAGGAGGUGGCGAUAUUUUGGCCGAAAUUUGUUCGUGGGUGCCUGAAGGGCCGACAUUCGUUGACCCUUCCACAGUGCAAUUCCCGAGCUUUUACUCCAUGCGAGAGGGCACCGCACAGUCGGAAUUGGACGAGUCUCGACGCCGAACAGCUCUGAUUGUUGCACUAGCUGAAGCUGUACCUUGGACAACAUCACUUUGGACACUCCAAGAGGCGGCCCUUCGUCUAGAUGCUAUAUUUUACCACAAGAGUGGAGAACCUAUACUACACCAGUAUAGUCAAAAGCCAAUAACAGUCAGGCAUCUGGUAAAGACGCUGCGAUAUGUCGCCGAAGCUCUUCAAAAUAGGCAAUCACAUACAGAGUAUACCGAAUGGAUACAGGCCGGAGGAAUAGGGCGCAUAAAUAUUCUCAAUCCACCGACGGCUCUCGGUAUUAAUGAGAAUGAUGUAAAGGUGUGGCUAGAAGCAAUCGAUGCUGUGAACACAAUAAAUCUCCACAGACUGGAGUCAAUGAAUGCCAACGAGUUGCUUUUGGCCUCGACUCAUCGGACUUGCAAACGUCCGCAUGAUAGGGUAUAUGGAAUCAUGGGCGCGAUUGGAGUCAAUGUGCCCGUCGAUUAUAAAAUGAAUCCCUCCGAUCUAAUGGAUAAGUUCCUGAUUGAACUGCACAACACCUUGCCAGCCGAGAUGCAAGCUUUUCACUGCCACCGGUACAUACGACCGAAUAUACGCCCAUGGCUUGCUGACGAAGAUUCGGUCCCGAUGGGCAUGAUACGUCAACGAAUCUUUACUCCAACGCGACCCUUCCAAAUGAUCAACCAGCUAGGCCACUUGAAGCUCAAUACCCUUAUCUUUGUCUCGGACAAGGGAGUCGACGAGUUAGUUUCACGGUUCUUGGGUGAAUCUGCCGUCGCUUACUUCGAUGGCCCUGCGUUGUGUCAAAUCAGUGAUGGCAUGAUUGUCAAUAAGAGUCCACGAUGGAAUGUCGAUGGAGGGCCACGAGUAUUGACCUGCCUCGUGUUGCGACUCAUUCACUCGCAGAGGAAAAUGGCGCUUGUGUCACUAGGUCAGCUGGCGGGCCUUCAGACUCUAGGAUGGCAGUUCAUAUAUCUUCUUCUUGGAGACAUUUAUCCUUCCAGGGAUUUAUCUACCUUGCCAACGCAAAACUUCAGACGCCUCGCUGUUAUCAUGUUAAAGGAGGACAUAUGUGCUGACCAGUCUGUUCGGGGAGAAUUCAGUUUCUACUAA